UAAAUUAACUCCCCCCCCCCAAGAACCGAAUAGAUGCCGGAGAAAGAAACGAGGAAAACGUGUAAGCAUUGAAUUUUGGCAUCAGAGUCCACGACUCCCUCCUUCCUCCUGCACAGAAGAUUGAGAGAACCAGUGAAUAAAGACACAUAAGAGAAUCGGGUUCGAGACAAGGAACAAGAAGGUGACAAUUUAAGCUAUCCGAAGUCGCCGCUCCCUUUAGCCACGUUACUUUCUCCUUCGUGUAAAUUGCACCGCCGUUUGUCACCGCUAAAGCCUGGAUAACGAGAUUGUACGGUCGCACAAGUCUCAACUGUCCAUUACCGCUCUUCUUCAUCCCGAUCCGGUCGUUGGAACCCUAGCUUUCACUCACUCAUCAGUUUGUUAAUUCCAAUUUCUUGGAGUGAGGACAAGUCUUGAUUGGGAAUAACAAUGGAAUCGUUUCAGUUGUAAAUUGGAGUGAUCAGACGGUCUUUUCCAUACAUUAUCGACAGCGAGAGAGAGAGACGAUGAUGCAGAGACGGAGUCCACCGAAGCACAGGCACGACGGUACUUCCCCGCUGCCGCUGGGGAUGGAUUGGAGCCCUCCGCCUAAGAAAUGGAAUGGACGGGAUACUCUUUGGCCCCAUGAUCCUCGAACAGGAUGGAGUUACUGCAUCACAAUACCAUCAUGGAUUGUCCUUCCAAAAUCAAGAGAUUCAGAUCCUGUAGUGUUUUACAGGGUUCAGGUUGGUUUGCAAUCCCCAGAUGGUGUUACAACAACACGAGGGAUAUUGAGAAGAUUUAAUGACUUUUUGAAAUUAUUUGCUGAUCUUAAAAAAGCAUUUCCCAGGAAAAAUCUUCCACCAGCUCCACCAAAGGGACUCUUGCGAAUGAAAACCAGGGCUCUGUUGGAAGAGAGAAGGCGCUCUUUGGAUGACUGGAUGACAAAGUUACUAUCUGAUAUUGACUUGUCCAGAAGUGUCCAAGUAGCAUCCUUUCUUGAAUUAGAAGCUGCCGCGAGGUCUUCAUUCCAAGACAUGAGUCAGUCGACUUCAGAAGCUAAUUCUGAUGGAAAUAGAAUGAGUUCUUCACUUCAAAUGCCCCACAAUUCAAGCCUCUCUCUUUUUGCGGGUAGUUCAUCAAUCACAUCUGACUACGGUAGUGACACUGCUUAUGAGACAUCUGAGCAUGGAACACCUAGAUUGGGAAGGGAAACUAAUUCUGAAACUGGAAUAGAGGAUCUCAUAUUGGAUGAUGAUUUGACAAAUCCAAUAGAAAAGCUUGUAAAAUAUGGCAUGUCCAACAUUGAUGAAGGACUCUUUAUGGGACAGACUAUUCUAGAGCAGCUUGAAGGUUUUCCUAGGCAUAAAGCAAAUCCCAGGCAUGUCAGUAAUGUUUUUGCGAAGGAUACCUAUAAUGGAAAUGCUUCUAAUGCUUCGUUUCUUGCAAGCAAUGGGCUGGGACUUUUUGCAGAACCUGAGCCAAGUAAAAUGGUCGGGCAUGUCCGCAAACUAUCUAAUGAGAGUGUUGGAAGUGAUGGAAGUUCCCUAAGGGGGAGUGAAAUCUCAAACUCCUAUCUUGACCUUCCAGGAGUUACUGAUGUUUCAAGUACUGGAGGUAUUAUUGGCAAUACUGAUUUGCACUUUCCUGGUGAUGCACAAAUAGUUCUUCCAUUGGAUCAGCGGCACAAGAUGAACAGGGUUCUUCUACUCAUGCAGCAGAGACUCGUCACUGUAAAAACAGACAUGGAGGAUCUUAUAGCAAGAUUAAAUCAAGAAAUAGCCGUGAAGGAUUACCUUAAUACAAAGGUCACGGAUUUGGAAGUGGAGCUUGAAACUACCAAACAGAAAAAUAAAGAAAACCUCCAGCAAGCUAUUUUGACUGAGAGGGAAAAGUUGACCCAGAUGCAGUGGGAUAUGGAGGAACUUCGGCAAAAAUCUUUGAGAAUGGAGUUGAAGUUGCAGUCUAAACAGGAUGCACAGUCAAGCAAGGAACCGAAGGAACAACCCACCGGUCAAGAGAAAGAUGUGGUGCUGCAGGAGCUGGAUCUCACUAAACAGCAGCUAGAGAAUCUUUCAAGGCAGUAUGAAGAGCUAGAAGCUAAGUCAAAAGCGGAUAUCAAAAUUCUUGUUAAAGAGGUUAAAUCUCUCAGAAGUUCCCAAACACAAUUGAAGCAGGAGCUGAAUCAAUCACUGAGGGAAAAAUCUGAAGCUCAGAAACUGCUUCAACAGGAAAGACAAGUAAGUGAGAAUGCAAAAGCUGCAAGAGAAAAGCUGCUUCAUGAAUGCAGAGCCCUUCACAACCAGCUUAUAGAAUGCAAUGCGCAUUUUUCAAUUGGUGAAGAUCAUUUUGCUGGCCCUUCGAACACACUAGAAGGUGCUUUAGAUUUGUUGAGCACAUCUGACCAACGAAUUGGCCUCUUACUUUCCGAGGCACAGUUAUUACUUGGGGUUGAUGAAGCCAAUGAUAAAGAUAUGGAUAGAACUCUCAGAAUUGUGGAUGACUUGCGGAAGAUGCUAUUGGAUAUCAUCACGGAAAAUGCUAAACUGAGAAAACAGGUGAAUUCUCUCAUCCGGCAUGCUCUUAAGAUGAACAGAGUAUCUAUGAACAAUGAAGAUGUGAGGAAUGCAAGUGAAUAGAAAAGGUGAAAUACAAAGCUUUGUACUAGAAUAUCUCUUUAAGACUAUGAGAAGGAAAUCCCAUAUCACAUAUAGCUGUGCCGGGUAAUCAAAUCAUCUAAUGUGCUAAAUUUUUCUGGUGUGGUCCAAGGCCAGCAGCCAAACAAUUUUUUUUUUUUUUUCAUUUCAUCAUACACAAGUUAUUGUCAGGACUGCAUCUUACCUUAUUGUUGUACUCUUAUAUACUUAGUCGACUGAAUAACCCAUUACAGAUGAAAGGAAACCAUAGUGAAUACACGUUUUUCCAGUUUCAGA